AAUUUGGAUAUCUACAGCAAACAGACGACCGAAUACCCACCGGCAAGAUGGACUUUUAUUAUUUGCCAGCCUCAGCGCCAUGUCGUGCCGUUCUUAUGGUGGCAAAGGCGCUGGAAGUUGAACUUAAUAAGAAGCUUUUAAACACCUUGGCAGGUGAGCAACUAUCACCGGAGUUUGUGAAGAUCAACCCGCAGCACACGAUCCCGACGCUCGUGGACAAUGGCUUCUCGGUGUGGGAGUCGCGCGCCAUUCUUGUUUACCUCGUGGAGCAGUACGGUAAGGAUGACUCGCUGUACCCCAAGGAUCCGCAGGAACAGGCGCUGGUUAAUCAGCGCUUAUAUUUCGACAUGGGCAGCCUGAGCCAAAGUUUCGCCGACUAUUAUUACGCACAGUUUCUGCAGCACAAGCCAGCAGACCCUGCACAGUUUGAGAAGGUGAAAACAUCAUUUAACUAUCUCAACUGCUUUCUAGAAGGUCAUCAAUUUGUUGCCGGCCAUAAAUUAACUGUCGCGGAUUUUUCCAUUCUGGCCACCGUGUCCACGUUUGUUGUGGCAGACUUUGAUAUCAGCAAAUAUGCCAAUGUGGCCAGAUGGUACGAGGCAGUUAAGAAGGUAACACCCGGCUGGGACGAAGGCUUAAACGUAAUGAAAGAGUGGCUUGACGACAAGCGAAAGGAAAAUGCAACCAAUUGAAACACAUAUUAAGUAUUUGUAUAAAUAUUAUAUAGUCAUGAACUAAAUAAAGUAAGGAGUCAAUACGAAAA